CCUUUCUCUCUUAGAAAAAGAGAGAUGUGUAUAUGUAUACAUACGUUUAAAUUCAAAAAUUUCGAAGAUACUUGUUAAUUGAUUAGUGACGUCGUAAAUAUUUAAAAAAGAAAACGCAGGAACGUUUAAAGUUCACAAACCAACGUUUAUGUUAUCGGAUUAUCACAUCGACUAUAGCUUUUUCUCCUAGUUCUAUUCUUUUAAAAGUGAAAUUUUUGAUCGUAAAUUCGUGUUAUAAACAGAGAAUCUAACCUCAAAAAACGCCUUCAAAUGGCCAACCGUCAUCAGACUACAUUUAGAGCUAUAGAAGUAGAUGAACGAUUCAAAAAAUUGGAACGUUCCUUAAAACUGGCUUUACUGAAGCAGAAACACAACAAAGACUUGCAUGAUGUGAAAGCAUCACCCACGAAAGUGACAUCCUGGCCCAGCAUCUCUAGCAUUAAUGUAGAUUCCAUAGAUUCCAACUGCACAAUUCUGUCGCCAACUUCUCCAAUAAGAAGCGAGGUCUUAGCUUCCAGCAAUAAUUUGAGAAACAUACUCUUGAGGAAAAAGAGCCAUAAUACCAAGCCAGCAGCAAUGACCACAUCUAGAGUCAAUCGGAACCUUGUCCAGCAGGAUAUACCUAAUAUUGAUCGUCAUAUUAUGCCACCUCCACUAGCUAGUACGGUUUAUCGCACCCCUAGGGAAUCACAUAGCAGAGUCCCUACAUUGUCAAAUUGCGAAAAAGUGGUACUGCCUUCAUUUAACAAUACUGUACAGUCUUCCAUGGUAGAUACAAUUUCUUUAGUGAGCAUUCCAAGCUGGAUGUCUGCUAAUACAAAUUCCAACUUAAAUACCUUUGACACACCAGCAACUUCUGUCAAUAUUAAUUAUAAGAUUGAUCAAGUGUUUACAAAAUGGAAAGUUAUGUUAAAUAACGAAUAUGAAUUAUUAAUUAAAGGGACAUUAAACUGUGGAAGGGUUGCACGUAGUAAACCGGUUAUAAGAAGAUACUCUGCGAUAUGCGUUGAAUCCAAAUACAAGCACAAAUAUAUUCUGCAAGGAAAUAUUGCCGAUGAGAAAAAUGCAUUGCCAGAUUAUAUUCGUGGAAAAUUUUACAAUGGCUUUCCUGAUGAUUGGGAGAAUGUUUACCAAAUAUGGAGAACAUAUGUCAGCCAAGGAUGUCCAGUUGUGUUUCGUUGGCCCACCCGUAUUACUGACAGUGACGACGAUUUGAAGACUGAACUGACAGAUCUGACUUACACAUGUAGCAGAAAUAAAAAAGCUACUUCUGCAGCGGGAUCUUGUAAUUUAAACAAGCAUCCUAAGACUGAAGAUCAGAAAUAUAAAUCUAAUACAUUUGAAAAGAAGGAAAAAUCUCAUAAUAGCCUUAUUGAUAAUUCACAAAAUUAUGAGAAAAAUAUUUCGUCUGUAAAAUCUUUUAUUUCUAACUCCGAAAGGGAUAUAAUUCCUGUCGUGCAAACAAGGCACAUAAAGUCACUAUGCAAUGAUGAAAACAAGCAAGAUGUCAAAUCAGACAUAAAUCUAUCAAACAGUUCCAAAAAAAUAAAGAACACAUUAAAGGACAUUCUUCAAGAGGAUAAACUGAACAUCAUUAUCAAUAAUUUAACAGACAAAAAUUGUUCUCCGAAGUAUAUUGAGAAGAUUAUCGAGAUGUUCGAUUGCUUGGACUAUGUAGUGUCUUACAAAACCGAAUCAGAAUGCAAUAACGACUCGGUGUCCUUUAUAAGUCACGAAACAUCUAAACCGGAAACAAUACCAAUGCAACAGAAUUUAGUAUGCAAUAACAGUCGUACAAAUAUUAAUAAACUUGAAAAUAAACCAAUGGAAUUAAGAAGCAAGAUACAAAGGAAUAAUGUUGAUACGUAUGGGCACUCCACUGAUUUAGGAUACGGAAGCUUAAAAAUUGAUUUUAACACUAUUCAACUAUCAAAUUCAGUAAAUGCUAAUAAAUCAGAAAACGACAAGAAUUCAGAUUUAUCAGAAAGUGAGACUUAUGCAGGCGUGCCCAAAAUAUCGUUUAAACGAGUUUUAAAAGCUAGAAGAAUGCCUACAAAGAUAUGUAGACGUAAAAUGAAAAAAAAACCGGACGGUCAGAAGUGUGCAACGAAUCUAUCUGACAGUAAUUUUGAUGGGAACGGGGGAAGCAAGAUUGUGACACAAAAUAAACAACUGGCACAACAGAGUAAUUUUGAUAUAUAUGGGGAAGGCAAGUCUGUGAUGCAAAAUAAACAACCGUCCGAUAUUUGUUUAGAUAAUCAGAAAGUCAACUUGAAUGUUUUUAUAAAGGAACAGAAAAUUCCUCAUAGGAUUCAAAAAGAAACAUAUUCGUCAUUCGUUGCGGACGUUGACUACACCAUGAGUUCUGACACAGAUGUAAUAACGGUGAGCUCAAAUACGCGAAGAUCGGGUGGAAGUACGAUAACAUCACAUGGUAAGGGCCAAGAUGUUGUAAUAAGUAGCGAAAGUAAUAGCAACUUGCUCAAGAGGUCUCUGACAUCUCCAAUAUUAUAUAACACAUUGAUUGAUCAAACAAAAAAUGACACUGCAAUAAAGAAAGCCAAACCCACUAUAAUCAGUUCAAUGCCGGUAAAUUUGAAUUUGAGAAUAAGUACAGCAAGCUCGAAAGAGAGAGAAAAAGCUGUACAAUCUCAUUCCCAGAUAAUUGUACAGAAAGAGGAUGAGCAGGACAAAGAUAUUCUACUGUUGGAGGAAAGUAAUAGGAAGAAAUCUAUAUCAAGAACGACAAUCGCUACAAAAUCUGCGAUUAAUGACAAUCGCAUUAAUUCUUAUUCAAAGACAAUAGUUGGCAAUAAAAAAGAAAUUAAUCCGAUAACAAAUAACAAAAAUAAAUCGAAUAUAUCAAUUGCUACAAAACCUACAAUUAAUGAUUUUCAUUCGAACACAACGGAUGCUAAUAAUAAAAAAGAGAUAACAAAUAAUAAAGAUAAAUUGGAUAAUAAGAGUUCUAAUAAUCCUAAUUCGUUGACAAAUUCCAUAGCUGAGCAACCUAAAAGCAGCAAACUUGGAACAAAAGAAAAUCCUAGAGUGCUAACUGCAUGGGUGCCAAAAGUAGUACAAUAUACAAAAUCUCAAUCAGGUUUAAUUUUUCAAGGGAAAUUGAUCAACGAGGCUGGCCACGUUGUAAACAGGAAGUUUAGUACGAACAUUGUGCUGAGGCGCCAAUCAGCAACACUAAUCGAAACGGUGAAUCACGAAUUCUAUGCACUUCAUGGACAUUUAAGCGACAAGCAUAAUAUUCCCAAGAAACUUGUGAAACAGUGUCGUUAUGGAUGUCCUGCAAAAAUCGAGCAAUUUUGUCAGACUUGGAGAAUGCAGUGCGACAAUGUUCAAGAAUUUGGGAAAAAACUUUAUGAUGCAACAAUGAAUUCACUGAAUACACCUGUUAGUUCAAGAGGCCGUCAUAUCGUACCUCCAUUACAUUACUGGGCAGGCGAACGUAUAACUUUGAAAGAUAACACAGUUGUCUAUAGUCCAGGCAGUUUAAAGAAAUCAUCGGUUCUGACUGAUAAUUCAAAAGAAAUCCAAAAGAAUACUAUGAAUAGUGAAAAGAAAAAGGAACAAAAAGUAAAUUCCAAGAAACAAAGUGUAAAUAAGCAAAUACUGUUACCUGAAUCAAAUAAAACUUCUAAUAUAAAUCAAAUUGUCAUCGAAAAUCUUCAAACUUCCAAAAAAUCACCUAAGACGAAAGGUUCUACGAACAAUACAAGGAGAUUUAAUAAAAAAUCUCGGAAAAACAAUAAACAAGGAGCACAUAAGUUCUCAAGUACAGAGUCCAGCGAAGAGGAGCAAAAAACAUCUCCGCGAAAGCGUGUACGUAAUUCUAAAACAAACGAAAAUGCAGAUCCAGAAACACGAUAUUCCAUGGAGUUAAGGAAACGACCAAAAAUAGAAACAACCUCGAACAAAAUUUUACGUAAGGACACAACCAAAUCCAAUGCAGCAUUCCGUUCACGAACCAUUUAUACACCAUAUCAUUCAUCAAUAAAGAAACCUGAAAACCACGAGAUAACAUAUACUUUUCAUAAAAAUAUUCUGCAAUCAGAGGAUUUUCUAUCGGAAUCUGAAGUAUCGUGUAUAUAACUUCAAACGGUAAUUUCAUAUGAACGUUAUUUUUUUAUAUUGAUAAGAGAAAUUACGAAUUUGUUCUAAAAAAUAUUUUUCUAUAUGUUUCUACGUAUUUCUGUCAUAUGUUGUCUUAUUUCCUGUCAUACAUAUAUAUAUAUAUAUUGGUUUCAAUACUAAUUGUAAAUGUACUACAUUCUUUUUGUAAAUUGUAUUGAAGAGAUUUUUUUUUUCUUGAUGUUUGUGCAAAAAUCAUAAACAUUACAAUUUUUAUCCGUUUAUGACAAUAAAUAAUACGAAAGUGCCUUUUACUAAUUUGUUCAUAAAAUAAGAAAAUAUAAUUUAAAAUAAUUUUCUUGGGCUAGAUGAAAUAUUUUUAAAAUGGAAGAAAAAUAAAAAGCUAAAGGAUUAUAGAAAUAUAACACUUCAAAUAUAUUGCUUUCAUGUUUAAUUUUCAUAUUAUCAUUUAACAACUGUAUAAAUUGUAUGUACGAAGUAUCAUUUGUUCCAAGUCAAGUUAUAUAAGAAAUAUAAAGCAUUGAUGCAUACCUAAAUAAAAAUCAGUCGAUAUAAAUAUAAAAGAGUUAUCUUUGUUUUCAUUUUUAUAUGUGAAAAUUUAAGUAAGAUAUUAAUUAGAUGUAAACUAUUUAACAACUUCAAGUAAAUAUGACAAUUGAAUAAUUUAAAUAUUCUGCAGAAAUGCUCUAUAUAGACUUAGAAUAUAUAUAAUGUAUAGAUUUCUAUAGAAUACCUAGAUUGCUACAGUUGAAUUAAUCUGAUAUAAGUUUUUCGGUCAUUUAUUUCAUGAAUUUAUAUAUAUAAUAUACUACGAUAUAUAGUAUUAGUGAAUUUGCAACUUAUUAAAAUCGGCUGCACCAUCUAUCUUAAAAUAAUUUGAUUUAUUUUUAUUUUUCAAAGAUCGCAGUCUAGGUAUUUAUGUAUAGAAGUCUGUAUAUAAAUAAUGACGCACAUCUAAGAGAGGUUGUAUCGCUACUGAUAUGAUAAGCAAUUGGAUCAAUCAAUUCUCUAUAUUGUAAACGUAAUGAAUGACACCAAUAAAAGCAUAAAAUAUAUCUUUGAGCAA